AUGACUAGAGAAAUUGAAUUGCAACAAGCCUCAUCAUCGGCUCUUAUAGAACAACAAACAAACACAACCACAACAACAACUUCAUCCUCAUCAUCGGGUAGUUUAUUAGAUGAAGUGGUUGUUAUUAAAAAUCAACAACAACAAGGCUUUGAUUUUCAGUUACCAAAUUACAAUUCAACACAUGCUUUGGUUUUAGAUGGUUUAGGAUUUAAAAAGAAGAAGAAACAAAUUUUGAGUGAGAUUUCAUGUACAAUACCAUCUGGUCAACUCACAAUGAUAAUUGGUGGCUCUGGAGGUGGUAAAAGUUCACUUUUAGAUAUAAUUUCUAGAAGAGUUUCGAAUCCUAAGGAAUGUACAGGCACUGUUACAUUUAAAGGUCAACCAUUGACAAAGAAAUUAUUUCAAAAGCAAGGUGGCUAUGUCUUUCAGGAUGAUAUUUUGCUGGCAACAGAUUCGAUUCAUGAAAUUUUGAUGGAAUCUUCUCUGCUCAAGUACAAACACAAAAAGGGAAACAAGUUGACUGAGAUUUGGAAAUCAUGUAGUGAGAGAACUUUCAAAGUAGAGAAUGAUAUUGGACUUUAUUCACAUAGGAAGGUUAAGAUUGGAACUGAACAAAAGAAGGGAGCCUCAGGUGGUCAGAAAAAGAGAACUUCACUCUCUAUUCAAUUAAUUAAUAAUCCAGAUUUGUUAUUGUUGGAUGAAUAUAGCUCUGGAUUGGAUUCAUAUACAGCACUUGAAAUUGGAAAAAAGCUCCAGACCUUGGCUCACGAUCAAGGCAAGACCAUUGUUGCCACUGUACAUCAACCUUCUUCAGCAUUGUUUAGCUUAUUCGACAAUGUAAUCCUCUUGGCACAUGGCAAACUUGUUUAUUCAGGACCAGUUGCUCAAGUUAAAAACUAUUUGAAAAUGGUUGGAUAUCCAAUGCCAGAGGACACCAAUCCUGCAGAUUUUCUCAUUUCCAUUGUUUCUAAUCCAUUCUUGAAGCAAGAAAAAUUAAUGUCUGCCUCUGCUAUCAAUUUGCAUGCUGUAGAAAAAUCUGAAUCAGCCAUAGAAAUUUUGAUUGAUAAUGAAGGAAAGUCAGCAAAGGAACAAUUAUCAAACGAAUUGGAUGUGAUUAAGAAUAGAAUUGAUUGGCUUGCAAAGUUUUAUAGUAAUCUGUAUCAAUCUCCAUCCAAUACCAUAUUGAGCAAAGCAGACUCGCAGGAUGAUGACAAAUUCUCACUCAAUGCCUACUUGGUGGAGAAUAUUCUUAAACUUUUGGUUUUAAUUUAUAGAAAUUUGAGGACAACAUUCAGAGAUCCAAUGAUUCUACUUUCUGAACUGUUUCAAUCUGUAUUUCUUGGAAUAUUUUGUGGACUCUUGUAUUUCAAACUAGCUACAGAUCAACAAGGUAUCACUGAUAGAAUUAGUGCUAUUUUCUUUAUUGUGGCUGCCAUUUCAUUUGUUCCUGCAGCAUCAGUUGUGGCUACAUUCCCUCAACAGAGAUUACUUUUCACUAGAGAACGAGAAUCAAAUCUCUAUGGAACAUUCACCUAUUAUGCUUCCUAUUCUAUUGUUCACAUACCAGUGGAAGCUAUUUUUCCAGUGGUGAAUUUAAUUUGUGCCUAUUGGCUGAUUGGAUUUCAAAAUAAUCCUGGAAACUUUUUCAUUUUUGCUGGUAUUAUGAUUAUUGUUCAAUGGUUGAGUGAAUCUAUUGGAUUAUUUGUUGGAGCCCUCUUUGAAUCAGUAGAUGUUGGAAAUUUAGUAAUAUCUGUUGUAAUGACUGUUUGGAUGUGUUUCAGUGGUUUCCUUAUAAGAAAUACACAAAUCGGAGGAUGGUUCUAUCCAUUUGCAUACACUAGUUUAUUCAGAUAUUCUGUGCAUGCAUUGGCACAGGUUGAGUUGAGUAGAAUGGCCUUUGAAUGCUCUACUUCUUCCAAAACACUCUCAAGUUUUAACAUGACUGAAAUUUGCUCAUUCAAUAAUGGAAGCGCCAUCACGAUUGGAAAUCAACUUGUUUCACUUGAACCAUACACUGAAAAGUUGUGUUCCGAACUCAAUUGGAAUCAAACUGUAUCUGCCAUUGCAUCUGAAGCAUGUUACAAAUCUGGAGAGUCAGCUCUUAAUUAUUUCUUUGAAGGAAGUAAUCAUAUUCCAAUUUGGGGUAACGUUCUCAUUCUAUUGGGAAUGUUACUAAUUUUGAGAAUUGCCAUUUAUCUUGCCCUUCGUUUUAGAAGAUAUGAAAGAAAAUAA